GGAUAAGAACAACCCACUCCUCUCUCAUUUCUUCGAUUCGACUCCCCAAUUUUCUCCGACCACCACCACUCUCCUCCGACGUCAAACUGACGAUCGUCAACCAAGAACCCACCGUAGUCCGUGAAAUCAAGCCUAAGAAUCGCCGUAUUAUGGGUGCUGGAGGACCUGAUGAAGAAGAUAACAAAUGGCCGCCAUGGUUGAAGCCAUUGCUUCGUGAACGCUUUUUUGUUCAAUGCAAAUUGCACGCAGAUUCGCAUAAGUCUGAAUGUAAUAUGUACUGCUUGGAUUGUAUGAACGGCCCUCUCUGUUCUCUCUGUCUUAAUCACCAUAAGGACCACCGCGCCAUUCAGAUUCGUAGGUCAUCAUAUCACGAUGUAAUUAGGGUAUCUGAGAUUCAAAAGCACUUGGACAUCAGUUCAGUUCAGACCUACGUAAUCAACAGUGCAAAGGUUGUGUUCUUGAACGAACGGCCGCAGCCGAGGCCGGGAAAAGGUGUUACAAAUACUUGCCAAGUAUGCGAGCGUAACCUUCUCGAUUCCUUCCGAUUCUGCUCACUUGGCUGUAAGAUUGCUGGGACAUCGAAGAAUUUCCAACGGAAGAGGAAGAUUUCGCCGGAAAACAAGCAUUUGAUGACCGGGAUGUCGGAUUCCGAGGAUUCUUAUAGCAGCAGCAGCCAUGGGAGGCGGAGGAGUAGUUAUAACGUCAGGGUUCAUAGCUUUACUCCGUCAACGCCACCGCCGACGGCCGCCAGCUUCAGGACGGCGAAGAGGAGAAAGGGUAUUCCUCAUAGAGCACCAAUGGGAGGACUAUUCAUAGAAUACUAAACACCCCCCUAGACUUUCGCUUAAUUACUAUGAAGUCCCUUUAGUCUUUACUCCCUACCAAUUUACAUCCCUCUCCACUUCUUGUGCGGAAAAAAGACCAUAUUACCCCUUAAGCUCCUCCACUUGUACAAAGAAGCAACCUAUGGGAUGCGAUAAUCUAGUAGCAUUACUCUUGUCUAGAAAGGGUAAAAAUGGAAAAAAGAUUUAAAAAAAAAAACUUAUAGUAGUUUGAAGUAGGGGUAAAAAUGUCAAAAUACUUAGUUGGAUGUUUAUACAGUUUUUCUUGGGUUGAAAAAAAUGUAAUUAUGGUCUUGUGGUACUUCUAUAAUUAAAUGAAAUAAGUCUUGUAUUAUUUUGUGGUUA